AUGAUACUGCUUGAGAUACUGACGAAGCAGAGUAGAAUAAUACGAAGGAAGACGAAGCAGAUUGAGGAGAUGAAGCAGAGUUUGAAGGAAAGAGAGAAUAAGGGUGAGAAGGAAGUGAAGAGAAGAGAGAAUAAGGGUGAGAAGGAAGUAAAGAGAAGAGGAAGGCCAAGGAAGAUAGACUUAACUAAGGCAGAUUCAAUAAAGACAGACUUAACUAAGGCAGACUCAAUUAGGACAAAUUCAACUAAGGCAGAUUUAAUCAAUAAUGGUAACAAACCUGAGAAAAGAAAAAGAGGUAGACCAAGGAAAAACAGUCAACUACCUGAUAGUAAUCAACUACCUGGUACCAAUACGAUCAAACAACCUGUUGAAGUAUCAGACAGAAUUGAACAGACGCCAAAGAGUGAACUGAAACCAAUAGCAAAAAUACGCAUCAAGCCUACUACAAGAUUCAUAGAUGAAACAGACGAGUAA